GGGGGUGUGAGGUUGCUGUUGCAGCCUGUUGGCCUACUUUUUAACUUAAAACUAACUUAAAUAGCUGUGAACAGGAAGGUUAUGGUCAGACUCAGUGACGGUGUGAAAGUGCCCUGAAGAGGAAAGAUGAGUAAGAUGAGAGAGGAGGAGAAAAAAAGGUCUGAGCGUUUUCUACUGAAGUCCAGGAAGUCCGAAACCGCUACGUUUGCAGAAAACGAUGAGGAAUAGGGGAUGGAUAGAAGAAAAAAAAUCUACCCGGUUAACCUUUGAACCGUCUUCCUUUGUCUUCACACGAAGUCACAAGACGAGUUCUCGUAUAAUUUCGCGAAUGACUGUCCUAACGGUAAGCAGGCGGUGCGAGGUUUAGCAAAUUUUUUCGGGGAUUGAUUUGGUGUCAGCGGGUAAACAGACACUAUCCAGGCAAGGAGAGGAAAAGACAGAGGGAAGGCGCUUGCCCCAGAGGAGAGACAACAGGUUCAGAGCAAAGCGAGAGGGAAGACACAGACAUCAUGUCCUCUGUCCAUUUCAACCCAGGCUCGGAUUCAGGUGUAAAUGGAAACGUUGCAAAGAUGGAGGAUGCUAAAGUGGAGAUUGAUGAUGGAAAGGACGAGAGUGUGGUGCCAGACACGAUGUACCACAACAUCCGGAAGAAGAUUGCACCUUUUGUUAUGUCCUUUGGAUUUCGUAUAUUUGGAGUGAUACUGAUUGUGGUGGACAUUGUGCUGGUGAUUGUGGACUUAGCCCUGCCAGCCAAGAGCAGAGAGGUUGGAAACGCCUUAGAGGCCGUGUCCCUCACCAUCUCCUUCUUCUUCCUCGCUGACGUUCUCCUGCGGGUCUAUGUGGAAGGGUUCAAGGUGUACUUCAGCUCCAAGCUGAACAUCGUGGAUGCCUGUGUUGUGGUUGUCACCCUGGUGGUCACCAUGAGCUACACUUUCACUGACCUGUCAGGCGCCAGCCUCAUCCCCAGGGUGGUGACGUUUCUGCGUUUCCUGAGAAUAAUAAUCCUGGUGAGGGUUUUCAGACUGGCUGCUCAGAAGAAAGAGCUGGAGAAGGUCACAAGGAGGAUGGUGUCUGAGAACAAGCGACGUUAUCAGAAAGAUGGAUUUGACCUUGACCUCACCUAUGUCACAGAGCGCGUCAUCGCCAUGUCUUUCCCCUCCUCUGGGAAACAGUCCUUCUACAGGAAUCCAAUUGCGGAGGUGGCCAGGUUCCUGGACACAAAACAUGAAGGCCACUAUAAAGUUUACAACCUGUGCAGUGAGAAAGGUUACGACCCUCAGUUCUUCCACUACAGAGUUGAACGGGUGUUCAUCGAUGACCACAACGUCCCCUCCUUAGAGGACAUGCUGAAAUACACAGCAAGUGUGAGGGAGUGGAUGUCUGCCGAUCCCCAAAACAUCAUUGCGAUUCACUGUAAAGGAGGGAAAGGACGCACAGGUACUAUGGUGUGCACCUGGCUUAUUGACAGUGACCAGUUUGAGAGCGCACAGGACAGUCUGGAGUAUUUUGGUGAGAGGAGGACAGACAAGAGUCGAAGCUCCAAGUUUCAGGGAGUGGAAACUCCCUCUCAGAGCCGGUAUGUGGGGUACUACGAGAUCAUGAAAACCAAGUUCGACAGACAGCUGCCUCCACCUAAAAGCCUCAGGAUCAAGAGCAUCCGCAUCCACUCCAUAGCAGGUGUGGGUAAAGGCGACGGCAGCGAUCUCAAGGUGAAGAUAAUUGUGAAGAAAGAGCUGGUAUUUCAGUGUGUGUGCGCCAAACAGGAGAACUGCACAGUAUUUCCAGACGUGGGUAAUAAUGCAGCAGUCAUCAGCCUACAGAAUGGGCCUGUGGUUGAAGGGGAUGUUAAGGUCAUGUUUGAAUCAAGUGCUGGUCUUCCAAAAGGAUACGAAGAUGUUCCGUUCUACUUCUGGUUCAACACUUCCUUCAUAGAAGAUAACAAGCUGUUUCUACCUAGGGAGGAACUGGACAACCCACACAAACCCAAGACCUGGGACCUGUACAAGGAGGACUUCGGCGUCACUAUGAACUUUUUAGAACCAUAAUAAAAGCCCUUAAGAAGGAUGAAGAGGAAAAAAUGGCUUGUUACAGUUGUACAUUAAUGAUGAAUGCUGAGCAGAAACUGGUAGAUUGAACUCUAACUAAAGAAAUGAAUAACAGCACAAUGUUAAAAUUGAAAAGAGGCAUUAAAUCACUUAAGUCAUGUAGACUACACUGUUGCUCUGAUGAGAUGUAGCUCUUAAACUGAAAUGUAUAAGAGGGGAUAUGUGAGGAAAUACUAUCAAAUCUCAUGUCUUCCAGUGAGUCGGUUGAUAGCUGUAUGUGUGAUCACUCUAAUAUGCUGAAAUAUAGGGAUAGAUUUGUCCCUGAUAAAAGUCAAUUUAUUGAGUCACUGGGUCUUACUCCCCAGUGCUACGUUAAAUUCAUAUCCUCUGAAGUAUUUAGUCAAUUUGAAACUACCAUGUCUCGAUACGUGUACAUGUAACAAAUGGUCGAUCAGUGAAGUGAAUCAGACCGAGGUGUACUCCAUGAGGCAACAGUUGGAAACCACACAGCAGUUUACCAGAACACAUGAUGACGUGAGAAGCAGAGUACCAAGUUUUCUCAUAGAGACUCAUAAAAUAGAUGCGACAUAGCUCCACAUUAAGCUCAAGUUUGAGUUUUGGAUGCAGCAGGGAUUGAAAACAUCUCUAACUUUAUUUGUUUUGUGAAAAAGGGCCUCUGUGGUGUGAAGUUUGACACUAAAGGGAUCAUUGGUGAGCUGUUAAUGUGAAUUUUGAUACUUGCCAUAACAUCUGGAGAAGACUAGUCAGUGAAUAAACUGUUGAUUCCUAUUACCACAAUAAGCAAUUAGAAGUACAUGUGCUUUUAUUUUUGAAAAAUUUCACCAAUGUAUUGCUACAAAAUAAAUGACUUUUUAAAUUUGGAA